AUGGGUGACAUUGAUGGAUGGGCAAACAUUCACCAUGACAUCUUUUUGGAAAUUUCGAAGCAUUUCUAUUCAUACGAUGAUUUCAUCCAACUACGUUUAGUUUGCAAGCAAUGGAGCUUGAAACUUCCAGAGAUCUCCAGCAAGAUUUUGUGGCUGCUGGUACCUGAAUCUUUCAGUGAUUAUUUUUGUGAGGACAAGAAGGAAGGCUACCAUUCCAGGCAACCUAUUGCUGAUGAAGUACCAGUUGAUAUUCAGUCUCUUGAUGAAGACAAGAUCCACCAUCUCAAGCUACCAGAGAUGCAGACCAAAUUGAUCCGUGGUUCUUUUGGUGGAUGGUUGAUCGUCGUAGAUUUAUACCAAGGUUCGAUGUAUAUGUUAGAUGCAUUUACAAAGGUCCGUUUAGAUCUUCCUCCAAUAUCAACUUUUCCGGAUAUAAUUGACUGCAAUCCUAACAAUCGUGGCUUUGAAUAUACUAUUCGGGAUUUCGGUGAUGUCUAUUUAGAUGAUUACGAGCCGCAGGAAUCGAGCGGUUUCAUAUAUGCAGUGGACGAUCGUGGCCAGCUAUACGAAUUUGAUACAAACACAAAGUCAGGGCCUGUAGGUGGUAUUCAUGAAGCCAAACCUUCCUAUGAUGAUGCUGUGCGGGGUCCUUCGCAGCUUAAAUAUUUGGUUGGGUGUGCUAAUGGAAGUUUAUUGAUGUUGGUGAGACAUUCUACCUUUCAUCGUGGAUUUCCUCGUGUUUACAAAUUUGAUAUCUAUGAAUUGAAGAAGAAUGCAAAAGAAUGGUGCAGACUAGAUAGUUUGAAAAAUUGCGUAGCGAUCAUUGGACUCAACUCUUCUGUUCAAAUGCUGCCUGCGAGUAUUCAAACCAAAGGAAAUCAAAUCUACUUUACUGAUGAAAACCUACUAGAUUGUAAAACAUGGAACUGGGCCGAACAUCAAGAUAUUGGCAUCUUCGACUUGGACGAUGGAAGUUGUCAAAGACUAUUAUCCGAUGUAAAGUUCAUGUGUUCUCCUGUCUGGUGUUAUUCUAGCUCAUUACUUUAG